CCUGACAGCGAACGCCGGCGCGCAGUCUCAGCGCGAAACCGCUAACCGAAUUCUUCUCUUUUUUCCUGCCCUAGAAAACAACAAGCCAUACCCGUCAUUUCCCUCCGCAUCCUCUUCGGGAGACAAGCGUCGGAGAGGCCUCGUCCAGAAUGGGGAACCGAGACGAUGAAUACGAUUUCUUGUUCAAAGUUGUGUUAAUUGGGGAUUCAGGCGUAGGGAAGAGCAAUCUGCUCUCUCGGUUCACCCGAAAUGAGUUCAACCUGGAGAGUAAGAGCACCAUCGGGGUGGAGUUUGCCACGCGCAGCAUUCAGGUGGACAGCAAGACGAUAAAGGCUCAGAUCUGGGACACGGCUGGACAGGAGCGCUACAGAGCCAUCACCUCGGCGUACUACAGAGGAGCGGUGGGGGCGCUCUUAGUGUACGACAUAGCCAAACACCUGACGUAUGAGAAUGUGGAGCGCUGGCUGAAGGAGCUGAGAGACCACGCCGACAACAACAUUGUCAUCAUGCUGGUUGGCAACAAGAGCGACCUGCGCCACCUCAGGGCCGUGCCCACGGACGAGGCCCGGGCCUUCGCAGAGAAGAACAAUCUGUCAUUCAUAGAAACUUCAGCAUUGGACUCAACAAAUGUCGAAGAAGCCUUCAAGAACAUCCUCACAGAAAUCUAUCGCAUCGUCUCGCAGAAACAGAUCGCUGAGCGCUCUGCCCAUGACGAGUCCCCGGGGAACAACGUGGUAGACAUCAGCGUGCCACCCACCACCGACGGCCAGAGGGGGAGCAAACUGCAGUGCUGUCAGAACCUGUAACCCGCGGCAACCGUCCCUCUUCACCUGGGUUGAUCUAUUAACUGAAAUCUGCAGUCUUGGUAUGCUUCCAUCUGCCCGGGGGUUGCUAUAUUUCUCUGAACCUGCCCUUUUUUUUUUUUUAAAUGAGUGGAGUCGGUUCCGUUUUGCCACGGAUGAUCAGUUCCAUAAAGAGCUGUUUGAAUUGAUUUCCGAGUUGUAAUCUGACCCAGGUAGUCUGCUACAUCCCGGUGCAAAAGCAGGACUGAUGGUGCGGUGUGUGUGUAGCUGCCACGAUGACCCACAAUUGUGUAGCAUAGCAGGUUAGCUUUGCUUGAACCCUUGUUAAAGGAAGGGUUGUUGCACAUGUUGGAGUCUUUAAGCCUGUCUGAUUGUCGUACCAGCAGUCCUGCUUUUGUUCUUUGUUCCCCCCUCAGUCAUCUCAAAAGUGGUUGUGACGCUGCUGAUGCUUAUGUCAUUUUCUGUAAAAUAUUGUUUUUGUUGUUUUGAUAGCUUGUCCGCUCACAUACAUUAUAUUAAUGCCAUGAAAUAAAUUUUACAAUAUUAA